UUUUCUUUUCUUUUUAUGCUGGGGAUGAAACCUGCCAGGCCUCCUACAGGCUAGGCAAGUGGUACAUCCGCGACCCAAGAUUUUUUUUUUUUUAAUCCUUUGCAAAUAGGAGCAUAGAAUACUCUAUGCAGUUCAGCACCGCAAAAAAGACAAAAGGCAGACCUUUUUUUGUAGGUGGAGUGGGUAUGGGGAUGGAGGUCAGGGGACUAGGAACCCUGCUUCGCCGGGAGCAUGACUCGGCAAUAAUCGCGGAAAGGCUCUCCGCGGAACCUCUGUGAACGCCGCAGCGUUUCCGAGAAGGAAGGCUCUGGGAGGGACACGUAUCCGCCGCCCGUCAGACGCCCCCGCCAGGGCUUGGUGCGGCAAUGAAGUUUCGUGCCAAAAUCGUGGACGCUGCCUGCCUGAAUCAGUUCACGCGAGUCAGUAACAUGAUAGCCAAGCUUGCGAAAACCUGCACCCUCCGAAUCAGCCCCAAUAAGCUGAACUUCAUCCUUUCUGAUAAACUGGCCAGUGGAGGAGUGAGCAUGUGGUGUGAGCUGGAGCAGGAAAACAUUUUCAGCGAAUUUCAAAUGGAGGGUGUUUCUGCAGAAAACAAUGAGAUUUAUUUAGAGCUAACAUCGGAAAACUUAUCUCGAGCUUUGAAAACUACCCAGAAUGCCAGAUCCUUGAAAAUCAAGCUGACUAAUAAACACUUUCCUUGCCUCACAAUCUCUGUAGAGCUGUUAUCUGUGUCAAGCAGUAGUCGCAUUGUGACCCAUGACAUCCCCAUAACGAUUAUUCCUAGAAGAUUGUGGAAGGACUUACAAGAACCCUCAGUCCCAGAUUCUGAUGUGAGUAUUUAUUUGCCAGUCUUGAAGACUAUGAGGAGUGUUGUAGAAAAAAUGAAAAAUAUCAGCAAUCAUCUUACCCUUUCCCACAGUCUGGCAGAAAGCCCCUCCUCCACUGAACUCCUUUCUUCAGUGUACACCAUAAACCUGCCAGUAUCAGAACUUCAACUGCCAUCUUCUGGAAAGGAGAGAACCUGUCUUAUUCUGUGUUCCAGGACCCAGGCCUCUGAAAAUACUUCUCAGAACAGAAACCCAGAAGAGAUGGCUGAGGUGCACAUAGAUAUCAAGAAGCUCCUCCAAUUUCUUGCUGGACAGCAGGUGAAUCCUACAAAGGCCAUAUGCAGAAAUGUUGGAGAAAGCUGGCGUCCUUACCACUGUAUCCAAGACAGGCCGACACAAGGCAUGGGUGAGGUGAAGGCCAAGGGCAUUUGUGAUGGCCAGGAAAGGUGUCUCCAGGACGCUUGCUACCUUUCUUGGUACGGCCAGACCCCUAUAGAGGCUCAGAAGAAUAGAAGUCUUCGACUGUGCAGCUACAGCCUUUGCCUUCCUUACAGCCAAGGGCCAGUGGUAUUGAGGAUAGAACCCAGAGCCUUCAGCAUGUCAGAUACCCAUGCUAAUUCCAUGCUGUUGGUGAGCAAUGAGCAGUGUAGCUGUCCUGCCUGUGCUCUGAAAGGGAUGACAGGAAACUUCAAGUUCCAGAAGCUGCAACCAUGGGCUCCCAGGGAGAAGGUGUGCCUUACACCGAGCUGCUCCUAUGUCCGGGGAAAUGUAGCUUUUCUUCCAGAGAACAGUACGUGUGCACCAUGCUGCUUGGAAAGCCUGUGUAUUCCAGCAGUUUGUCAGAGCUUUUUGAAAACAACUAGAAAAGAAGCAUUAAGUGCUAUUAACAAAAGAACACAAGCUCCUUGUGGUUGGGAGAACAGUGCUGACAGAGCCCCUCACAAACUUUCUGCCGUGAUUGGGAACCUCUGGAACAGCUGUGGCCCCAGCUUCUGUUAUCAGCAGCUGCAUGCCCCUAGGAAAGCAGAUGGCACAUUCUCUGGUCUAUGUGAGGGCACCUCUUCUGCAGCAGCCCCCUGCAACUUGAAGACAGGGAUUUACUGCUGUGACAUGGGACUGCUGUGCUUUGCAGAGGACACAGCCAAGGCACCACUCUCUGGGACUGUCACCAUGGGGACCCCCACCAAGGCAGCCGGGUCCCCACAGAUCACCAGCGCUCAGCCAGCUCUUCUGAGAUGGCUUUCCUGUCUCUCCACUAUCCCUAGAAGCUCCCUGGGCCCUCUACCUGAAGAUUCCUGCACCCCCAGCUUCCCCAAGUCCAUGUCUGUUCCAGAGAUGCCCUGUCCCCUCACACAGUGUCCUCCAGGGACCAUCCCAGCGAGAGGACUGGACAAUGCCAUGACCUCUGCCAUCUGUUGCUUGCUUGAAAGGGAUGCUCAGGCACCUCCAACUCUGGGAUUUCGAGUCCACAUGGUUUCUGGAAUGGCUGUUUGUCUGCUGAUGGAAUUUGGUGAUGGUUCUGGAGUUGAAAUGAGCCUCUAUAACAUGUCCACAACAACAGAGGUGACUGCCUAUCACCAGUACAGGAAAGAAGGGGUCUAUAUGCUCAGGGCUGUUAUUUACGAGUUUCAUGGAACCAAAGUGGAGCUUGGACCUUAUUAUGUGGAAACAGGCUGUGAGGCUGUGUCUGUGUUCAUGAAUUCCAGCAGUGUCCACCAGGAUGAAGUCCUUGUCUUUGCUGGCUCCCCCGCGAAGCAGAAAAGAACUGUUGUGAUACAUCAUAUCCCAUCCACCUCUUCAUAUAAUGUGUCCUUUGUUUCUCAAACCCUAGUGGGUGACUGUCAGACUUGGACCAGAAUGACUGUUUGGUACAAGAUGCAACCUGUCUCUAUUUACACAAACGGAACAGUGUUUGCUACAGAUGCAGACAUCACCUUCAUGGCUGUUACUAAGGAAACCAUACCCCUAGAGUUUGCAUGGUAUUUUGGAGAUGAUCCACCAGUGAGGACAACUUCAAGAAGCAUUCGGAGAAGGCUCCACAUCCCCCAGUGGUAUCAUGUGAAGGUCAAGGCCUCCAGCAGGAUCAGCAGUGUAGUCUCCAAGCCCCACGUCAUCAGGGUGCAGAAGAAAAUUGUAGCCAACCGACUCAUGUCUACCACCUCAGCCCUAGUAAACACCAGCGUGGCCUUUGAGUGCAGAAUCAACUUUGGCACGGAUGUUGCCUUCCUGUGGAAUUUUGGGGAUGGCACUGUCAGCACGGGGAGUGGCUCCAAUAGCCACAUCUAUAGCAGGGAGGGAGAAUUUAUAGUGGAGGUCCUUGUCUUCAACAAUGUCAGCUCUGCCACCCUAAGAAAGCAGCUUUUCAUUGUGCGUGAACCCUGCCAGCCACCCCCAGUGAAGAACACGGGACCUGGGCGGGUCCAGAUAUGGAGGUCUCAGCCCCUGAGACUGGGAGUCACAUUUGAAGCUGCUGUCCUCUGUGACAUUUCUCAAGGUCUUUCUUACACCUGGAGCUUUAUGGACUCUGAUGGGUCCCUGGUCCUCCUCCCUGCUGCCAUCAAUGUCCACAGACAAACUAUCGUUCUCCCAAGCUACACGCUGGCAUGCGGGAACUAUACUGCCAUCGCCAAGGUUCAGAUCCAGGGCAGCGUGGUGCACAGCAACUACUGCGUGGGUGUGGAAGUGCAAAGCAGGGCACCCGUCAGUGUGAUCUCGGAGGGCACACACCUCUUCAUCCCCAGGGCUACCUCAACCCCCAUCAUCCUCCAAGGAUCCCAGUCCUAUGACCCAGACUACCCGGGGGCUGCUCUCAGGUAUCAUUGGACCUGCACUGCUACCAACUCACCUGGACAGCCCUGCUUUGACAAUUCCACUCCACAUCAACUGGACCCUGGGGCUCCCACGAUUUCCUUCACAGCAAAAUGGCUUAGCGAAUGCUGUGACCAGUUUCUCGUGACACUGAUGGUUUCCAGCACUGGCAGGAAUUCUUCGAAGGCCGAGGUGUUCCUUUCCAUCAGUCUUGCUUUUGCCUUCAGAUUCAUCCACAUCUCCUGGGUCAAUUUUAAAGACAUCUAUGUCAAUUGGAAUGAAGAACUGUCUCUCCAAGCUGUGUGUGAGGACUGUGGAGAAAUACAAAAUCUCUCUUAUUCCUGGGAUCUUUUCUUAGUCAAUGCAACAGAAAAGAACAGGAUUGAAGUUCCCUUUUGUAGCACUGUGGGGCUGCUGGGUGCCUCAGCACUCGGAACGACUUUGAAGUCAUCAGAGUCAAAUCUUCUGACCACUGAGCCAAAUAUGACAGAUCCCAGUGGAUCACCCACGCUGUCUUCACGAGAGCCUUCACCCAUGAUCCAUGGUCGGCUUGCCCUUUUAGUCACUAGAAGCACCUCUACAGAGUCCACUGUGGGUGGCCACCAGAUUCCUGCUUCUGGUGACAACACAGCCCGGGAGGAUCCUUCUGAGGAUGAGCCACUGGGUCCAGAGCUGGGGUCCCUUGGUGAAGGAGCCUCAACUGUGAGCCCCUCUGAGAGAAGCUGGUCUCCACCCAGCUCCUCACCUGCCCUUGAUGAUUUUGAAGCCUAUUACAGUGAUAUCCAAGAAGCAAUGCCAUCUAGAGGAAGACAGAGAGGGAACUACACAGGCCUCCCAGGAUCAGGACUGAGUAUGAGUGCUGAGGAAGAGAGCCCUGGUGAGGGGGACAACCUAGUGGGCCCCUUUCUCCUUGCCGGCAGAGCUGAGCCUGCCCUUGUGAUCGACUGGCCCAAGGCCCUGAUCAGCAGAGCUGUUUUCCAAGGCUACACCUCAUCGGGUAUCACAGAACCUAUUGUGACAAUAAAACCAUACUCACUGAGCAGUGGAGAGACAUAUGUUCUACAAGCGUCUGUGGCUUCAAAGCAAGACUUAAUAGGUAAAGCCCAGCUGUACUUGACAAUCAACCCAGCUCCACAGGACAUGGCCUGUCAUGUGCAGCCCCACCAUGGUCUGGAGGCCCACACCAUCUUCAGUGUGUUCUGCAUGUCAGGAAAACCGGACUUUCAUUAUGAAUUUAGUUACCAGAUAGGAAACACCUCCAAACACACCCUAUACUAUGGGAGAGACACCCAGUAUUAUUUUGCAUUGCCAGCUGGUGAGCCCUCAGACAAUUACAAAGUCAUCGUUUCUACUGAGAUCACAGACAGCAAAGGCUCCAAGGCACUGGCGUGCUCUGUGGCGGUGACCGUGCUGCCCCGUUUCCAUGGGAAAGACUGCCUCAGCGAGGACCUAUAUAAUUCCAGUCUGAAAAACCUGUCCACCCUCCAGCUGAUGGGGAGUUACAUGGAAAUGAAGAACUAUGUCACCAUGAUCACUGGGAUCCUGAGUCGUUUGGUUAAGGAGAACAGAAAUGCAUCCUGUGGUCAAUGGUCACAAAUACAGGAUGCAUUGAUUUCUUCUGUGUGCAAAUUAGCUUUUGCAGAUCAGGAAGAAAUAAUUCAUUCUGUUCUUAUGUUGAGAAAUCUUAUAAGCUUCUCUAAUAAGUUAAGCUUUUUGAGUGCAAUGCACAUUCUCAAGUACACGCGGUCACUCCUUGCUCAAGGACAGCUCUUGGGAAGGUUUGUGGUUGACAGACAACUCAGGCUAGAACUUAUCCUUCUCAUCUCUGGAGUCUGGGAAGCCUCUGCACAGGAAAAAUUUAGAAAUGAGAACUAUCUACAAGAAGAAGGAAUGAAGAUUAUCUCAGAUGUAUUACUGGGCUGUCUUUCCUUGAGCCAUCAGAAUCAUCUCAUUGUGAAUGCUGGGCAGAUGGAGUUCCAGACCCUUCUUCAUCACAACCUUCGGCGCUCCAUCCAGAACCUGGGCUCUGUCCAGGUGUACUUACCUGGUGACCUGACAGGGCACAGUUCUGCUCAAGAGGGAAUGCAGAGCCUGUGCUACAUAAGCCAGCUCAUGUUCUUCAAGAAAAGCCCUUAUCCAGAAGCAGGAGCACCUGGGAAGGUUGGCGAAGUCGUGGGGCUCACCCUCUACAGCUGCUCCAGCAGGAGACCCAUCCACAGAGGACGGCUAAACACACCUGUAACUGUGGAGUUUGGGGAGGAAGACAGUUCAGAUAAUAAGAGAAAUAAAACAAAGUUUAUAUUGCUUCGGGAAAAGGUGAAUUUCCAUCAGUUCACUGGGAUAUCCCAAAAACCCCAGGAGUCUCUACAGAUACGAAUCGAGUUUUCUAAGCCCAUUACCAGAGCGUUUCCUGUCAUGCUGCUAGUAAGAUUCUCCAAGAAACCUACUCCCUCUGAUUUUCUUGUGAAACGAAUCUACUACUGGGAUGAGCAAAUUGUCCAAAUUUACAUACCUGCUGUUCCACAGAAAGGUGCCAAUGUGGGAUAUUUAUCCUUGUUAGACGCUGACUAUGACAGAAGACCUCCAAACAAAUACUUUGCUAAGGCAGUGAACUACACAGUACAUUUCCAGUGGAUCCAAUGCCUGUUUUGGGAUGAGAGAGAGUGGAAAUCUGAAAGUUUCUCUCCACAACCAGGAACUUCUCCAGAAAAAGUUAAUUGCAGCUAUGACCGCCUCACAGUGUUCUCUGUCUUGAGAAGAAAGCUAAAGGCUGGUUUUGAAGUGAGCGACAUAUCCAGUUUACAGCAUCACCCACAAAACCUACUUCCCAGUAUUUUUAUUGUGAUUUUUAUGAUUCUUUAUGGAUUUUUGGUUACUAAAAGCAGAUGUAUAGAUAAUCAUGAAAAAAAGAAAAUGGGAUACAUUUUUCUGCAAGAAUAUACCCCACCUGGCCACAAGUUGUAUGCUGUUGUCAUUGACACUGGCUUCAGGGCACCAGCUCGAUUUACCUCAAAGGUUUUCAUUGUUUUAUGUGGUGAAAAUGGACUUUCAGAAACCAAAGAGCUCUGCAGUCCUGAGAAGACCCUGUUUGAAAGGAAUUCCAGACACACGUUUAUCCUGAGUGCUCCUGCGCAGUUGGGCCCACUCCGGAAGAUCCGCCUCUGGCAUGACAGCCGUGGGCCUUCCCCGAGCUGGUUCAUUAGCCACGUGAUGGUGAAAGAGCUGCACUCAGGACAGAGCUGGUUCUUCCCUGCCCAGUGCUGGCUGGCUGCGGACCAAUGGGAUGGCCACGUGGAGCGAGAGCUCACCCGCCUGCGCCAUGGGUUGGGUUUCCAGAAACUGUUCUAUUCCAAGUUCACAGAGUACCUGGAAGAUUUCCAUGUCUGGCUCUCCGUGUACAGUCGGCCCUCCUCCAGUGGCUACCUACACACACAGCGGCUCACGGUGUCCUUCUGUCUGCUGUGUGUCUAUGCAUUCCUGGCAGUCCUGGUCACUGCAGGCGAACAUGAGCAGCUCCCUCUGGAUGUCGGCCCCACAGACAUCACUCUCCGAUCCUUUAGUCUGGGUUUCCUGUGCACCCUCCUGGCCUCCCCAGGGUCACAGCUCUUGGCACUGCUCUUCAGGCUCAGCAAGGAAGCGAUGGAGUAUCCCCGGACUGAGGCAUGCAGACUGCUAAGAGGAGUGCAGACAGAGGUCCCUCUGGAUCCUACUUCCUGUAGAGGUACCCAAGACACCCAGGAGCCAUGUAAGCAUUCUGUAUCAGCCAUUCCUUCUGGGAGUGAUGGGAGCAGAAGAAAGGCAGAAGGCAAUGACACAGCCUGCCCAUCCAUGGACUUGGAGGCCUGCAGGCCUGACCACCAGGGGACUUUGCAAAGGGAAAAGAGCCACCACUCCCCUCCUGGCUUACAAGCUCCAAAAGGUGGUUUUGAAGGGCUCAUGCCCCAGUGGUCAAGAGCUGGCAUGCCUUGGUCAAACUCUGCAGCAUGGGCCAUUUGUGGAUCAGCUUCCCUAGCCUGUGGACUAGGGACAGGACUCAUAGGCUACAGGUUUGUUAUGGCUCAGUGUAUGAGGUGGCUGCACCUGUUGUCCCUUUCCGUGGUCUGCUGCGUGUUUGUCACCCAGCCACUCAUGAUAUGCAUCAUGGCAUUGGGCUUUGCUUGGAAAAAAAAAGACGACAACCAAUUUUUUGCUGAGUCUUUAUAUGAAGCAACCAGGAAUCUGGACUUGGAAUUGGAAGAACGUUCCGGAAGCCAUGUUCCCCUUUCUCACAGCUGCUGCAUUUCUGACUGUGCAAGGGAAGUUGAAAAAGUCUUGGCUGCCCGACAACGAGAACGCAGCCUGCGCUGGUUGUGCCCACCAUCCAAGGCUCAGCUCAGGGUCAUCAGGGAGAAGAUUAGGAAAAAGAGUCGUACGGAGGCAGCCCUAAGAGACAUUUCCAUGUACAUUCUCAUGCUGCUCCUGCUUUUGUUAAUAAUAUAUGUGAAAUUCUGCCCAGAUGAAUAUUCUCUCAAUCAAGCUAUCCGGAAGGAAUUUAUAAGAAAUGCCAGACAAUCCCUGGAGGGCCUGAGAAGCACUGAUGACUGGUGGGACUGGUGUCUGACCACACUCCUGGAUGGGCUGCACCUGGGAGGCCCCUCCGCCGCCGCCGCUGCUGCUACUCAGGGGACUCAGCCUGGAGCCCUUGGUGGAAAAUGCUACCUAAUAGGCACUUCAGUAAUUAAGCAGCAAAAAGUUUCUCCUUGCAGAAUACACAAGCCUCCCAGGCCAUUUUCAGCGCUUCUCGAGGACUCUUCUCCUACAUGCAGCCCUGCAAAUGGAGGUUUUGAGAACCAAAAUGUGACCCCUGGUGGUCCCAGGGUCUGGGGGUUGAGAAAAGAGGACUUCGUGCUCAGCCUGGGCAGAACAAGGCCUGAAGCCCAGGCGGCCCUGACUGCACUCAGGGCCAGCAGAUGGAUUGACCACAGCACCAGGGCUGUGUCUGUGCAUUUCACCCUCUACAACCCUCCAACCAGACUUUUCACGAGUGUGACCAUGAGCGCGGAGGUCCUCCCCACUGGGGAUCUUGUCCCCUCAUCUCUGAUAGAGUCCUUCCGAAUCUUCCGCGGUGACUCAGCCCUUUGGUAUUCUCUUGUGCUCCCUGAGCUGGUCUUCCUGGUACUCAACCUGAUUCACCUCUGCUUUCAACUCUGUAGAAUGGUUGAGGAGGGUGUCCUCGACUAUUGGCAAAAGCCAAGGAGCUGGCUGGAGCUCUCUGUUAUUGGAGUGACCCUCACCUACUACACAGCCUCCAGCCACCUCACCACCCUUGCUGGGGAUGUCACUGACCAGUUCCACAAAGGAUUUUGUCAGGUGUCUGUGGACCUCAGUCUUAUGGCGUUGUGGAAUCAGCGGACACGAUGGCUCCAGGGGAUCCUCUCAUUCCUGUGGAUAUUGAAAGGCAUUUACCUUCUUGGCUCCUUAAACACCACAGUGUCCUGCCCUUCCAUGAUACAUUCCUCUCUCUCCAGAGUCUUUGCACCAGUGCUGAUGGGGGCCCUACUGCUGGUCACCCACUCCCACCUGCACUGGUUUCUGCUCUUCACCUGGACACUGACAUCGGUCACCUUUGCAGAUUUCUUCCCCAGGCUGCUAUUUCAUUUUCCAGGAAGAAGCCAAAAAAAUUCAUUCCACAGCCUUUCUGAGUCUGACCAGGAAGACAUGGCUCGUUACUGUGGGGCCCUCUUUCUGUUGACAGCCAUGUUGUGUUUUGGAAUGCUGAGAGGUUCCCUGGUGACUUAUUUCCAAAAAAGAAAAUCUUCUCACAGUAAAUCUCUUGUGAGAUUUAAAGACAUCACUGCUUACACAUGGGUGAAGGCCCUCACCUUUCUGGGUCUGGAAAUGCCAAAGCCGGAAGAAGCUCAGGUGGUUGCAGAUCAUAAUUAUUACUGGGAUGAAUUUGCAAGUCUGUUAGACGAACUUCUGAUGAAGAUUGAUGGGUUGUCUGAAAGCCUAGAACUCUCUCUUCCAGAAACACAACACAGGAGUACAGUGGAGGCAAGAGCAGAAGAGAGUCCUUUAGUGGGUGUUUCAGGUUUCCAAGCCACUGAGCUCUGAUUUCAAAUGAUUCCAAAACCAGACAAAGCCACAUCAAAGAAAGAAAACUUCAGACCAAUAUCUCUAAUGAAUAUAGAUGGAAAAAUAAAUAAAAUUCUGGCAAAUCAAAUACAAAAAGAUAGUGCACCAUGAUCAAAUAGGGUUCAUCCCAGGGAUGCAAGGUUGGUUCAACAUAUGGAAAUCAAUAAAUGUAACUCAUCACAUCAAUAGACUUAAAGAUAAGAACCAUAUGGUCAUCUCAAUAGAUGCAGAGAAAGCAUUUUUAAAAAUGCACCAUUUCAUGUUCAAAACACUAAGAAAACUAGAGCUAUCAGGAACAUACUUCAACAUUGGAAAGUCUAUCUAUGCUAAGCCCCAGGCCAACGGCAUUCUAAAUAGAGACAAAUUGAAAGCAUUUCCUGUAAGAACUGGAAUGAGACAGGGAUGUCCUCUUUCACCUCUUCUAUAUAACAUAGUUCCUGAAACUCUAUCCAGAGCAAUCAGACAGAUGAAAGAAAUUAAAGGAAUCUAAACAGGAAAAGAAGUGCCCAAAUUAUCACUCUUCGCAGACGACAAGAGUCUAUAUCUAGAAGACCCAAAAAAUUCCACCAGAAAUCUCCUAAAACUAAUAAAUGAAUUCAGCAAAGCAGCUGGAUAUAAAAUCAACACCCAAAAAUCAAAGGCAUUUCUGUACAUCAGAGACAAAUCCUCAGAAAGAGAAACUAGGAAAUCCACCCCAUUUACAAUAGCUUCAAAAAAAUAAAAUACUUGGGAAUCAACUGAACAAAAGUGGUGAAAGACCUCUACAAUGAAAACCACAGCAUGCUAAAGAAAGAAGAUGGGAAAAUCUCCCUUGUUCUUGGAUAGGCAGAAUUAAUAUUGUCAAAAUAACCAUACUACCAAAAGCACUAUACAGAUUCAAUGCAAUCCCAAUCAAAAUCCUAGUGACAUACCUCAUAAAUAUAGAAAAAGCAAUCAUGAAAUUCAUCUAGAAAAAUAAGAGACCCAGAAUAACCAAAGCAAUCCUUAGCAAGAUGAGUGAAGCAGGUGGCAUUACUGUUCCAGACCUUAAACUAUACUACAGAACAAUGGUAACAAAAACAGCAUGGUAUUGGCACCAAGUUAGAACUAUAGAACAAUGGUACAGAAUAGAGGACACAGAGAAUAAUGCAGAUAAUUACAGUUGUCUAAUAUUAUAUUAGACAAAGGCGCCAACAACAUGCAAUGGAGAAAACAUAGCCUCUUCAAAAAAUAAUGCCGGGAAAACUGGAAAUCCAUAUGUAACUAAAUGAAAUUAAACCUCUAUCUCUCACUAUACACAAAGCUCAACUCAAAAGUUUAUCAAGGACCUAGGAAUUAAACCAGAAACCUUGUUCCUAAUGGAAGAAAAAGUAGGCCCAAAUAUCCAUCAUGUAGGAUUAGGCACCAACUUCCUUUAUAAGACUCUUACAGCACAAGAAUUAAAACCACGGAUCAAUAAAUGGGAUGGAUUCAACCUCAAAAGCUUCUUCUCAACAAAAGAAACAAUCAGUGAGGUAAAGAGAGAGCCUACAGAAUGGGAGCAAAUCUUUACCACAAGCACAUCAGAUGGAGCACUAAUCUCUAGGAUACAUAAAGCAUUCAAAAAUAUUAACACCAAAAAAAAAAAAAACCUAAUCAGUAAAUGAGCCAAGGAAUUAAACGGACACUUCUCAAAAUAGGAUGUUCAUUCAAUCAACAAAUAUAUGGAAAAAUGUUCAACAGCUCUAGCAAUUCGAAAAAUGCAAAUCAAACCUACUCUAAGAUUUCAUCUCACUCCAGUCAGAAUGGCAGCUAUCAAGAAUACAAACAACAAUAAGUGUUGGCAAGGAUGUGGGGGAAAGGCACACUCAUACACUGCUGGUAGGGACUGCAUAUUGGUGCAGCCAGUCUGGAAAGCAGUAUGGAGAUUCCUUGGAAAGCUUGGAAUGGAGCCAACAUUUGACCCAGCUAUCCCACUCCUCGGUCUAUACCCAAAGGACUUAAAAUCAGCAUACUGUAGAAACACAGCCACAUUAAUAUUUAUAGCUGCUCAAUUCACAAUAACUAAACUGUGGAAUGAAACUAGAUGCCCCUCAAUAGAUGAAUGGAUAAAUAAACAAUGGUAUAUAUACACAACGGAAUAUUACUCAGCAUUAAGAGAGAAUAAAAUUAUGGCAAUUACAGGUAAAUGGAUGGAGUUGGAGAAUAUCAUGCUAAGCAAAUUAAGCCAAACCCAAAAACCAAGGGACUGAUAUUCUGAUAAGUGGGUGCUGAUCUAUAAUGGGGGGGGGCUGUUGAGAAUGGAGGAACUUUGAUUGAGCCAAGGGUAGGGAGAGAAGGGGAGGGGAGAUGGGAGUAGGAAAGAUAUUGGAAUGAGACAGACAUCACUAGCCUAGGUACAUGUAUGACUGUACAUGUGGUGUGAUUCUACAUAAUGGAAAAAACAUAAAGUUGUGCUCCAUUUGUGUACAAUGAAUUGAAAAGCUUUCUGCUUUUAUAUAACUGAUUGGAACUAAUACAAAAUAAGCUAAAAAACCCCACCUCACUUCUUUGUAAAUUAGCCAGUCUGUGGUCUUCCAUUGUAGCAAUAAAAACCAGAGAAAGACAGGGCUCCUGAGGGAAGCAGAGAUCAGGAGCUCAGGGUUGAGCACCAGAGCCAGACACACUACCUCCCAUGGAGAGCUUGCUUCCCUCCAGACCCACGGAGAGAACAAACCAAGGCAAUUCCUCCUGAUGGAUGUUUGAAAGCAGGUCACUGGGAGGGACUACUGCUGGUACACUGUCCUCUGGCUAACAGGUUCUUUAACUCCCAUCUUGUUCCUUUCAUUUCUUUGUUACUAAUAAUCAUAUCUUACUUUUCAAACUCCACAGAAUAUUAUUCCAAUAGAUGCUGUCAUGAAGCUGCAGUAUGAAGAAAUCCAUGGCCUGACUCACUUGAGCAGCCAAGUAGGAUCUAGGCUCCCUUGUCCAGGCUUCACAUACUCCCCCAGAGGGCCCAGAAAAGGCCCUGUCCCCAGCAAAUAAAUGGUAUGUUUGGUAAAAACAAAACAAAACAAAAAAUCCUUGCUGCCCCUAGGUUUCAACUCUGGAUGGAAGAGCUCUAUAUGCCAGGGCAGUGCCAGAGCAUACACUACAUGCUGCCUGUAACCACAGGAUGCACAGGACAGAGCAGAGAGCAUCAGCACUCCACAAGUUAGCAGGUAAAACAGAGAGCCUGAUAUUUCAAAAAAAAAAUAGGAGGAAAGCAACAUUUCCUGUAUACACCUGCUUUUAAAAUUAUAGCUUAAAAGCUAUGCUUCAAGUGAGUAAGUAAAUAAAUAAGAAUAGAACUUAUUUAUAAAAAAAAAAGUUAGAAGUCCCAGUCUCAUAAAUAAGUCUAGGUCAUAUAAGUCCUAGUCUUAUAAAUAAGUCAAGUCUAGUCUUUAGCAAGAACAUCUCAUUACACAAAUCAAAAAAGUACAUUAGGUUUACAAGGCAUACAUGUGGAAAAGGAGUUUCCUAUCUUCAAUAUCAUCCUCCCCAGCCCAGUAGUAGUAAUAAGCCCUUUCCCUGGUAAUUGGUAAAAAUUUGAUUUGGGGACCUGCAUUCACAUUUUUGCCUUCAGUGUGGUUUAGAUUAAUAGUACCCAAUACAUUUCAUAAUUUAAUUAUAAUCUUUCUUUAUGAUACCAUCUUUAUGAAAUCCUUCUUUCUAAAACAACAAAAAACAAUCAUCUUCUUUGGUGUUGGAGGGAUUGAACCCAGAACUGCAUACCUGGUAGGCAAGUGUUCUACCACUGAAAUACACUCUCACCCAUUAAAAAAAAAAUCAGUUUUGGGUUGGGGCUGGGGCUCAUUGGCAGAGAGCUCACCUGGCAUGCAUGACAACCAGAGCUAUAUCCUCAUCACCACAUAAAAAUAAAAUAAAGGUAUUCUGUCCAUCUACAACCAAAAAAAUAUAUAUUAAAAUAAAUCAGUUUUGAUACCUUCCUAAUGUGUCAAGAUAUGUGAGCUCAACAUGGUAGAAAGGUGUCAAAGCUGAUUUGACACCUGAAGUAGUUGGAUGUAACCUGACUUUUGCUGUAAAGAUAUUAAUUACCAACAUAGAAUAAGGUAAAAAUUAUAAGAUGUUCCCUAAGUAGAAGACACCUUACCAACAAGGUUAUCUUUCUUCCCAAUCCUCUAUUGGUCUUAAACUAUAAUUUCAUUUUUUUGACUUACAACAUUAGCUAGAAACUCAGUAAGAUGUUAAAAAGGAGUAGCAGGAGAGGAUACCCUUGACUGUUCAUGAUCUUAGUGAGAAAGUUUCAAGUUUAUUAUCAUUAAAAAUGAGGUAGGGGUGAUAUGGCAGGUGGCAGGAGCAGAACAUCAGAAAAUGAAGGAUAUAGUCACUGCCAAAGCAGCAGCCCUCAUUCAACUCCAAGAAGAAAAUAAAAAAUUGCCCACCAAAUUGAAAAUAGUGAUCAAGAUAUGUUUAGAGAAACUCUGCAGAAUUUAUCUCAUAUCAUUAGAGAAAAAGACAUUGAAAUAGAUGUACUAAGUCAGAAAUCUCAGUCUUUAUUGGAAGUUUUACGAAUCUCUGGCACUGGUCAUGAGGUUCCAGGUGUUAAUAGUCAUCAGUUCGAGGAGCUCCUACAACAAUGUGAUGAAUUAAAACAGCAAGUGAAAAAAAUGGAGGAAUGGAAACUACAGGUAAUGACAGAUCUCCAAAAUCUGCAUCAUAAGUCAGCCCAACACGAGAAAGACCUUGUUCAACUUGAAGCCCAAGUUUUGGUUGACAGUGGUAACAGUUCUAAAUUAGAAGCAGACUACACUGGCCUCAUCCACUGUUAUGAGCUGAACGAAAUCAAACUCAAACAUUUUGGGCACAUAUUAGGCCAGGUGCAGCUGUACCUAGGGCAACUUUGCAGCAGCAAAAAUCUCUUUUUAGGAAAAUUUGAUAUGAUUACACCCCAGCUCUCCUCUACCUCAUCAACUUACUCCCAGUCAGCAGAGGUCAAAGAGCUGAGAAAAUCACUGCAAGAAAAAGAGGCCACCAUUAAGGAGCUCUCCAGGAGAAUUACCAUAGGUUGUCUGUUGUAACUGCUGCCACCUCCAAGAGAGAAAAGACAGAACAUGAACAAACUGAUUCUGCAAUUAAACAGCUCAAGGAAAAACAAGAUCUGUUACAAAAUUUACUGAAAGAAAAAGACCUCUUAAUUCAAGCCAAAAGUGAUCAGAUACUUUCUUCAAAUGCGAAGUUCACUAACAAAGUGAUUGAAAAUGAGUUGUUGAGGCAAGCAAUAACAAACCUCAAGGAGAGAAUAUUAAUUGUAGAAAUGGACAUUUCUCAACUAAAAGGGGGAAAUGUAAAAAUAGUAUAAACAUCCAAAGAAAAGGAAAUGGAGUAUCAAGCAUUACAAGAGAUGAACUUGAAGUUCUCUGUGAUGCUGCGAGAACAAGAGUUGGAGUACAAGUUGAUGAAGGAGAAAGCUCUUGCCUUUGAGAAACUGUUACGAGAAAUGGAACAGCGCAAGGCUGGGGAAUUAAAUCAGCUUUUAAAUGCAGUUGAAUCCAUGCAGGAGAAGACCAUUCUAUGUCAUCAGGAGACAGACCAACUCACCUUGUCCCUAAAGAGCAAACAGAUGGAAAAGAGGAUCCUCCAGCAAGAGGUUUAACACUUAUGUGACAAAGAAUUACACUUAAAUCAGGAGGUACAAAGACUGAGGAGCCAUCUUUUAGAAUCAGAAGAUUCUUACACCCAGGAAACUUGGGCUGCAGAGAAGACAGAGAUGAACCUGACAGAGAAAGUCACACUAUUGGAAAAAAAAAGCUACUUUCCUCUUCUAAUUCAAGUCAUCAAGCCAGUGUGCAGGUAGUAGAGUCCCUGCAGAAAUAGGUGUGCUUACUCUCCCAAGAGAGAUAUGAGAAUGCACUGCAGCUUUCGCUCUACCAGGAACAAGGAAAGCAGUAUGCCAUGUCAUUAACUAACCUGUAGAUGGUUCUAGAGCGUUUCCAACAAGAAUAAAAAGCUAUGUAUUUGGCUGAAUUAGAAAAGGAAAGACAACAUAUAACCAAAUGGAAGGAAAAGGCAGAAAACCUAGAAAGAGAGGCAUUAUUAUUACAGGAACAUUUGGAUGAAGCCAAUGGUGUGUUGGAUUCAGCAACCAGACUUACACAACAGUUACAUCUAAAGGAAGAACAGAUUGAAGGACUUAAAAGGCAAAAUGAGCUCCAACAAGAAAUGUUGAAUGAUGCACAAAAGAAAUUGAUGGACUCAGAAAAUGGCACAGAAGGAAAAGUGGACAAAGCCCUAAUGAGAAACCUGUUCAUUGGGCUUUUCCAUACACUGAAAAGUAAGCGUCAUGAAGUGUUACAGUUAAUGGAAAGCAUCCUGGACAUUCAAAAGAGGGAAAUGGAGCAGUUGUUGAAUGGAGAUGAUGGUGGUGUUACUAAGUGGAUGAUGGGUUGGCUUAGAGGAGGAUCAAAAAAUGUCCCCAGCACAUCUUUGAGACUGAAUGAGCAAUGUCUGCUUAAUAGUUCUUUUUCAGAACUUUUUGUUAAAUUUCUGGAAACAGAAUCUACUUCAUGUGUUCCACCACCAAAACUUUCUGCUCCUGCCAUGAAAUGUCUAGACUCCAGAGGAAGGAGAAAGGAAGGUGAGAAUGUACCAAGAAGUUUGAAAGAUGCAGCAGAAUUCAGAGCUGGUAGAAGAGCAGCUGUGAAUCCAUUCUUGGCACCACAUUCUGCGGCUGUGCCACUCAUUAGCCUAGAUGGACUUGGACCUGGUGGGCCUGGGAAUCUCCUUUUGAAUCCCGUCGCAGACUUCAUGCCCACCUUUACACCAUUGCCAGUGUCCCCCGACAAUAGCGCCAGGGUUGUACUAAAGGACCUUUUAAAGCAGUAGGUGAUUCUCAAGGCAGAGAUGAUUUAGCACUUUAAAGAAGCCAUAAACACUUUUUACUUUUACAAAGUGGCCUUUUUGAAAAGAAGUCAUGUAUUUGCUGGGAAAAAGAAAAAGAAAAAAGUUGGUAUAUAGAGCUACAGGUAUUUUGACUCCUCCUCCCCCCCCCCCGUUUUUUUGGUGUGUGUGUUUUUGCUGUAGCAGUUAAAAAAUUUAUUUUUGUUUGUUUGCUGUAGCAUUCUUUUUAUAUAAAAUUUUGUUUUGAUGCUAUCAGGUAAUCAAUAGCAAUAAAAACUAUAGCUCCAACCUCUUUUUUAUGAUUAUAUGUGUUAAAUGUAAUUAUAUUAAGAUAAAAAUAAUUCAUUUAUAACAGAAAAGAAGAAAGAUCCAACCCAUAUGAAAAAGAUAUAUAUCUCAGAAUUUGGGCUAUAUGCAAACAAAAUAUGAUGUAGCAAAGUUGUGAAUUCUUUAGUUUAUAAAAGAAAACAUUGUAUAACUAUUAAAAGAAAAUUAUAGCAGCCUGUGAGCUGGGCAAGUCCCCAACGCUGGGGAGAAGUCACUCAAGCCCAAGGGAGGAAAGUGGAGGGAAGGAGCCAAGGCCCGUGGAGUGACUGGGCCACUGGGGGCAAGUUCCUGGUGCAAGCCCAGGCCAGGCCCCUGCAUUUCCAGGUGAAACACAACAGUUGGCACGAGCCCCACCCUUUGCGGAAUUCUGGUGCUUGGGUCAUAAUUGACACCACAGCACUCUAGGAGGUUCAAAGUGGAGGUGGAUACAGACGGAGGUGGCUCACUGAAAUUGCUGAGAUGUCGUCCUGGUUUAGAGGCCUAGGGUCUGGCUUGGGCCACUCCUUGGGUCAGGUCGGGGGCAGCUUGGCGUCCCUCACUUACCCUAACUACUUUCAGUUGCCUGAAAGCAAGACAGUUUGCACUACAAGAUGUGUUGUCCACACUACAGUCAGUACAUUCAGGAGCUGGUGGUAUACCAGCAACCACUGAAUGGUCUUUAUAUGGUUAUGGGAUCAGUCAUCUUUGUUCACCUUUUCCUGAUGAUGACAUGGACCUCAGUGAUAUCAUUUCAUCACAACAAGAAAUCAACAGACUGUCAAUUGAAGUUUCAAGACUUGAAUCUCAAGUUAGCCAUUAGAGGGAUAUAUAUAGCUCAGGCAAAGGGAACACAUAAUUCUGAUCAAAGUGAAAUGUGCAAACUACAAAAUGCUAUUAAGGUACUUGAACAAAACCAAAGUCAACGCCUUGAUAAUAAUCAAGAGGAAAUGUCAGUUUUGCAGAAUGCACAUCAACAGAAACUGGCAGAGAUAAGAUGCCGGUAUCAAGAGGAAUUAAAUGACAAGAAAGAACUGAAAAUCUGGUAUAUCGAGGUGACUCAGGAGUUACAGUAACUGAUGAGUCUAAAAUAUGUGAGAUGCAAAAAACUAAUCAGGUUCUACAAACUAAAAACGUAGAGUCUGCAACAAACAUGGAAGAACUUAAGGAUCAAAUAAAAAACAUAAAUAAAAAAAUUAUCUUUGGCAGAAAAUGACAGACGCCUUGAAGAGAGAGAAAGAACAGCUCAGUAUGGAAAAGUAACAAAUAAUUGAACAGUGUGAAAACUUGAAGCUGGAAUGUAGUCAAUUGCAGCCUUCUGUAAUGGAGCAGAAAGAUGAGGAAAUUAAGAAUUUGCAGAAAACCAUUGAUAAAAGCGCAGUUGCAGGAAGACAUGCACAACACUCAGACAAUUCUGAUAUUUUUCAAGAAACAAAAGUUAAAAGCCUUCCUAUAGAAAAUGGAAGUGAAAAACACGACCUGUAUAACUAUGAAACUGAAAAAUUAGUGAAAGGAAUCCAAGAAUAAGAACUUGAGACUCAAUUUCUAAAUGAAAAGAAUAUAUCCUUAACCAAACAGAUUGAUCAGCUGUCCAAAGAUGAAGUUGGUAAACUCACUCAAGUUAUCCAGCAGGAAGACGUGGAGAUACAAGCUCUUCAGGCUAAAAUUUAUUCAGGUUCCUACACCCAGGAUGUCAUUUCCCUUCAGCAGCAACUGCAGACCCUCACUAUGGAAAGGGAACAAAUAUUAGCUGUUUUGAAUGAGAAGACAAAAGAAAAUACCCAACUGCAAGCAGAACAUCAGAAAAUGAAGGAUAUACUCGCUGCCAGAGAAGCAGCCCUCAUCCAACUUCAAGAAGAAAAUAAAAAAUUGUCCACCAAAUUUGAAAAUAGUGAUCAAGAUAUGUUUAGAGAAACUCUGGAGAAUUUAUCUCAUAUCAUUAGAGAAAAAGACAUUGAAAUAGAUGCACUAAGUCAGAAAUCUCAGACUUUUUUGGAAGUUUUACGAACCUCUGGCACUGGUCAUGAGGUUGGAGGUGAGUUCGAAGAGCUCCUACAAGAACAGGCUGAAUUAAAACAGUAAGUGAAAAAAAUGGAGGAAUGGAAAUUUGAUUUUCAAGCUCAUUUAGGAUAGGGACAUGUGGUUUAUCUUUUAAACCUCAAGCAAUUUACAAAUAGAAAAGAAAAUAUGAGUUGUGGCUUCUUUAAAUAGUGCAGAUAAUGGACCUGAAGCAAAUAUUAAUCAUCUUUAGAAGAAUUUGUAUCAAAAGGCUGAGAACAAGAUUUCCCACACCAGUCCCCUACAACUCUGCAUAUGUGGUUCCCUGUGAUUUCAUAAUGCGUAUAGGUUGAUGUGAUGACCACCACAACAGCCACCAGACACACUUGCAUCCUAAGGAUCAGUGAAAUCACCUCCUUGCACCAGCACCAACUGUUUAGAACUUAAGAAUUUUUUACCAGCCCAUUAUUAAAAAAAUCCUGACUUGAGGCUUACGUGAAUGAGGAUGUUCAUAUUUAUACUUUGAAGUUGUACAUUGAAGAGCUUUUUCUUGCAGAUUUUGUCAAUGUAGCUAUGCCUUAGAAAGAGAAACAUUUGUAUAGCAAGAAAAUGUGAAAACAAGUCGAGUUCAAAUAUAUAAAGAGCUCUGGCUUCAAUUAGAGCGAAAUUUGAUUGUCAAUUUUGCUGUGAUUACAGUAUACUUCUAAUGUAUUUAGGAGACUGGAAGUUUUGAUUAUGUGUUGAUAGUUAAAACUUGUUUUUCUGAAAAAUUAACAGGUGACACUGCUUCACACAGUGUCUCCUCUCUUCUUAGCUAACUUAUUUAAAUUGCCAUUCUUCUGUACAUUGUAAAGGAAGUUCCCAUAGCAAUUCAUAUAAGAAAUGUUCAACGGUCUCCCGAGCUCUGCCUGGUUGACAUCAUAGAUGCUCCUCUACUUAACCCCACCAUAAAUUGAAAACAUCUCAAAUUGAAAAUGCACAUACCACACCACGUGCCUAGAAGCACAGUGGUCUGCAGUGUGCUACUUGCUUCCCCCCAAGAUCCUGUGGCUCAUGGGGAGCUGCCACUCACUGCUGCUGCCCCAUCAAGAGGGUGUUGCGCUGCAUAUUGCUAGCCUGGGACAAAUGAAAAUUCAAAAUCUGAAGUAUGAAUUCUAUGGGACAUGUCCUACUUUUGAACUAACAUAAAAUUGAAAAAUCUUUUUUUAAAUAACAAGCAUUUUUAGCUAUUAUUAUAAUUAAGUUAAAGCAUUUAUCUGUCCUCUGGCUUAUUUAGCCAUCUUCCUAUAAGGAUGAAAGAGUUAUCCCAAUUGCUUUCACAUUACAUAAGAACUUAGAGAUUUACAUCCCUGUGUAUGUGGUUCUCUGUGAUUUCAUCAUGUAUAUAGGCUUAUGUGACGACCGCCACAACAGCCUCAAGACACACUUGCAUCCUAAGGAUCAGUGAAAUCACGUCCUUGAACCAGCACCAGCUGUUUAGAACUUAAGAAUAAGAGUAUUUCUGAAAUUUUUUAUAAGUACAUUAUAAAAAAUCCUGAUUGAAGCUUAAUUGUAUGAGUAUGUUCACAUUUAUACUUUGAAGUUGUACAUUGAAAAGCUUUUUCUUGCAGAUUUUGUCAACGUAUAUGUCUUAGAAAUAAAAACAUUUGUCUUUUUAUACUA